GCAUUAUCGACUUAUCGUCUAUGCAUUUAGGUUACCAUCACGGACUACUAUAUACAGUAUUACAGUUGUAGUCCGUGGUUACCACCUAUAUCUUUAUUAUCUAUGGUUUUUUUUUCGCUUGUCCUGCCGCCAAUUUAGUCUUUUAUCCAUAAGCGGCAUAACGCAUAAGUUAAUAUUAUAUUGCGUCUACCGAGUGGCGAGUACCGGGCUCAUAACGUUCCUUACUCUUAUGCUGAGUACUGAGUAGUUUAUCAACAGUUUAACACAGUUUUCAAUAUUGCAGUCUUGAUUCGGUGCUUCGAAAUCUACAAUGAGCGAAUCACCAAACGAUAUGGACCCCACAAAGUUGUUAGACGAAGUACGAUCUUUACAAUUAAAAUUAGACUGUAUGACCAAAACACUUGGCUCGUUGGAUAAAAAUGUCAACAAAAUAACUGAAUCACAACAGUUUCGCAGAGAAGCUGUGCGGGAAUCAGCCAAUUCCAACAUUGUCAUCAGAUUUUUGACAGCCUUGCGUAAAUUGUCACCUGAAGAAUUAAAAAAUACUUUGAUUGAAGCUGAUUCUAUUCUAAAUACUGCAAAUCCUACUCCUACACAUCAAAAUCUUGAUCAAACUAUAGAAUGGAAUGUCACUAAGGAUAAGUUAAAAACAGUAUUGAAAGAGGUAUUUGAUUUACUUAAUUCAUUGCCUCUUAAUACCUCAGUUGAUGCUAACAAUUGUGUUGCUUCAACAAGUACUAGGUAUAGAAAUGAUAGUGCUAAAGUAGAAGAAUCAAAAAUACAAUUUUGGAGAAGAUACAAAAAUAAAUACAAUUAUAUUGAGAGACUUAAACUUAAAUUGCCUCCUUUAAAUAAUGUAAAUGACAGUGUACAAAAUGAUGUGAAUCCUACUGUACAACGUGAUGUGAAUCCUACUGUACAAAGUGAUGUGAAUCCUACUGUACAAAGUGAUGUGAAUCCUACUGUACAAAGUGAUGUGAAUCCUACUGUACAAAGUGAUGUGAAUCCUAUUGUACAAAAUGAUGGAAAUGCCAACACACAAAAUGAUGGAAAUGAAAAUACAAAAUAUACUAUAAAUGACAUUAUACACAAUUUUGAUGUAUAUAAAAUGUUUAAAAGUAAACUUAAAAAUUCACCAUAUGAUGACCCAUAUUUCAAGAAUAAUGUCAGAAAUAAUAAACUGACUUUAACACUGAAAAAUGGUGAAACCAUAGUAAGACCAGUGAGUCAUGUAGCACCUCUAAUAGUACUACGAAAAUGUGAUGAUUUGUGUCCAAUACCACUACAAAAUAAAAAAACAACGGGUAAACAUUUUCCAAGUACUUUGAAAAAGGAGGAUUCUAAUAGUAAUAAUAAUACAACUGCAAAAAUUACCAAAAGAGAAACAAGAUCUAAUAAAACGAGAGUUAUAACAAACAGUUCCAAUACCAGUGAUAAAGCUAGUGCCAAAAAACGAAAUCUGACCAUCAAAAAUAGUAAAUAUGAACCAUCAACAUCAAAAAAAAAAAGAAAUUAAAACAAUUCAAUACCUAUCCAUUAAUAUUUUUAUGGUAUAUUAUUUAUGAAUUUUUACAAAUUAAAACUAAGUUGUCAUUCUUUGUGUAAUUUAAUAGAAGAAUCAAGUACAAUUUAAUUUAUUAUA